AAGAGAGAAAACAAGGAAGAAAAAAACAUCACACAGAAAAGGGAGCCGUUGCAAAGAAAGACUACAGCUGUUUGUGUUUAUGUUUUCUUUCUCCUUUUCUUCUGUUCCAGUCUCGGGUCACCUCAGUUUCCCUUCCCUCCAGGCUUUCCCAGUGGUGAGUUACAUAUCACCAGUGCAAUGUGUUUAGGUGACUCUCCAUGGCAUGCUUUUUGAAGAACUGCCGGACCUGUUUGGGUCUCUCUCAUACAUGGUGAAUGUGGUGGCGGUGGUGGCAGGAGAUGGCGGUGGAGGUGAUAGAGAGAACGCUGGCCGCCGCUCUACACCGCCUGACCGGGAGAGGCAUCGCCAAGGCCAUCUUCGUCAUCAAGUACAAGCUGGGCCCCGGACUUCUGCCAACUGUAGAUGACGUUGAGAUCCUGCACCAGAGUCCUCACUACAUCGUGGUCAACAAGCGCUACGACCUCCUCAUCAACAGCAAUGACCCAAAGGAACUGACGGUCCAGACACAGCUACGUCGCCGCUUCCCUCAUCUGGUUGACAAAGAUGUGGGCCACGAGUUUAGGUUCUCCCACCGCCUCGAUUUCGCCACCAGCGGCAUCCUCUGCAUCUCCCUCCACAAGGCUGCAGCGGGGGCCUUCACCAAGUGCUUCGUCAAACACCAGGUGGACAAGUACUACCUGGCACUGGUCAGAGGUCACCUGUCCGAGGAGAUGGUGGAUAUUUCGGUACCCAUAGGAGAUGACAUGCGACCUGAGUGGUACAAGAUCAAGAUGGCCACAGCCCUGAACCCCCACGCCGGGCCAUGCAAGGCGGCCCACACGCGGCUCCUGGUGCUGCAGCGAGGCCUCUACAACAACUACCCAGCCACCAAGGUCCUGCUCAAGCCCACCACAGGACGCCGACACCAGCUGCGGCUCCACCUGUCCCACCUCGGGCACACCAUCGUGGGGGACUUCUCCUACUCCAACCGGCGGGACGUGUGGCCGCACCGCAUGUUCCUCCACGCCCACCGCCUCAUUGUGCCCUCGGCCUUUGAGCACCUUGACCUGACGGCUCGGGACCCCUUCACCCCAGAGGACCCGAGGAACAGCAAGUGGGUCCCCAUAGAGACCCUCAACACCCUGACGGAGGAGACUUACAAGAGGCUGAAGGACGCAGGAAGCCACCACUGCCAUGAAGAGGUCUCCUAGAGAAGGUUUAUUUAUUUACACAGUGACCGGAGACCUCAUAGAAUUUGUUAAUAAUGUUUUUACUGACAAUAAGAUAGAUUUUCAACUGUGUGUGGCGCAAAAAUCUACCUCUGAGGAAACUUAUAUAAAAAGUUUAGAUCCCAGAAGUCAGGAGGCAAUAUAGAGAGGAGUUCACCAUUUUGUGGAUAUUUCUCACACCUGCACCAAUCCAUCAAGAAAGUGUUUACAAGA